CUGCACGACAUCACGUGAUUUGAUGUCAAAAUGGCGUCUCCGAAUGGAGCUGAGGACUUUGAAUCAUCAUUGCUGAGUUAUGAAAAGCUUGAUCGAGCUUCACCUGACCUCUGGCCAGAGCAAUUGCCAGGGGUUUCAGAAUUUGCUGCCUCGUUUAAAAAUCCAAUAACGAAUUCUCCACCUAAGUGGAUGGCAGAGUUGGAGUCAGAAGACAUUGAAAUGUUGAAAGAGCUGGGAAGUCUGACCACAGCGAACCUGAUGGAAAAAGUUAAAGGGCUGCAGAAUUUGGCGUAUCAGCUGGGCUUGGAAGAGUCCAGAGAAAUGACGAGAGGGAAAUUCCUUAACAUCUUGGAGAGGCCAAAAAAAUGAAGACAGAGGGGAGGGACUGACUGAUUGUGUUUGGACCUAUAUCAAGAGACUUUGUAGCAAAAUAACAGUGCCAUGUUCUGUAACAUGCAAAAGCUUAGCUGGAUAAAUUUAUUUAUAUACACAGUGUUACCAGUUUAUUAGGUAAUUAUGCCAGUAUCGACCAUUUUAUCAAACCUUCCAUUUAAGUGCAUUGUCUAGAUGGACAGAUUAUUAAUGACUGUUGCUGAUCUGUUGAUAUAUACAGUUUGCCAGCUGCCAUCUGCCCAUUCGACUGGGAAAUGACCACCACUGGCCAGGUUUCAUUCAACUGGAGAAGCACUUUCAGCAUCGCAGUGACACUGAGCUAGUAGCAGUGUAGUGUGUGUGUUUCUGGUCUGUGUCACAAAAGGUACAGCAGUAAUACUGAGGUUUUAAACAUCUUCAUGUCACUGCUGGGAUGAGAAACCUAUUACCAGACUAAAAUAUCCAGCCAAAAGCAUCCUGUGGUCAGAAAUAGAUAAAAAGCUGCUGUUAAAAAAAAACACAACAAACGUGACUGCACACCUACAGCCAGCUAGUAUGUCUAAUAAAGUGGUUUAAAUACACAAUCAGUGCUGGAACUGCCUAGCACAAUGCUGUUAUGUCAGUGUCGUUGCCAUGACAGAAGUCCACUGCCCAUGUUAUAUCAGCUCAGCAGUGGUCUAACGAUGGUUCUUUACUAUUGGUGUAUGAGGUUUAGCAACAGAUAAGAUACAGUCAUAUACCUACAUAGUGACCUUAUAUGGUAGGUGUACCUAAUAGAAUGGCCGAGUUACAGGCAUGGUGAACUAAUGCAAGUUCCUGUAAAUGUGUAAAAUAUUUUUUGAUUGUGUUUUCUUUUUUUCUGUAAUUAAAUACCUUUUUUUGUUUUUCUGCUCUA